CUCAAUAUCAACUUCCACAAAAUAUAUCAAGUCUUAUAGAAUCCUAUAAUUCAGAACUUUCUAUUUUUCAACAUUUAGGAACUGAUGAAGAUCUAAAAGAAAGAAUGGUAGCAGUAGAAUUUGAAUGGGAACGUAUAAAUUUAUUGUUGAGUGAUUUUAUUGAUGAUCCAUCAGUUAUACAUACAGAACGCAAUUUAAAAUCACGAAAGGAAUCAACAUGGAAAUUAACAGACGAUUUAUCAGAAGCAUUUAAUAUGUCUGAUCCAGCAAGUCAUCCAUUAUUUCAAAAUACAUCACAAAAUAACGAUGAAGGAUUUCAUAGGCUUUUUGCCUGUUAUAACAUUGGGAAGGAAAGACUUUACAAUAUUUACAAGCAAGAUAUAGAGAAGACAGUCGAACGCAAUACAAAAGGUAGACGUGCUCGUAAUAUUGUGGUAGAUACUAUAGCCCAGCAAAAACAGCGAGAAUUGCAAGAAAAAGAAUCUAAGAGAAAAAAAAGAAAUAAUGAAGCUCCAGAUGAUAAAAAAGGAAAAAAACGGAAAAUUGCAAGAAAUGAUGAUUUUUGCGAUGAUAAAAGUUUUGAUCCAACUACUCCAACUACUCAAUAUCAAAGCGAGU